UGCCCUCCGCCAGCUCCCGGCCGCGGACAGAGCUCACCUCUCUCUCCGGCGACCGGCAUGCCGCGCGCCCCGCGCCGGCCGUCCGACGAGGCGCGCCGCGGGGCCUACAAGCCGCGUGUUGACUUCAGCCGCUCGCGCCGCCGCCGCGAGGACGGCCUCCUCGCCCUCCGCCGCCUCGAUCGCGACGCCGGCCUCUUCAAGCGCCGCCACGACGAAACCGCUCCCGCCAUCCACGCCUCCGAUCCAGCUCCUACAUCCGACGAAGAAGCCCCACCCGCAUACAACGCUCGUCCUCCACCCGGUUCUCCCUCGCCGCCGGACCCAUCGGCUCCCCGGAACCGGAAUGCCGCCGAGUCAGAGCUUGAAGGCCUGUCAGAAUUGGUCGACAAAGUAUGUUCAGAUGACACCACCAGUCAGCUGGAAGCCACAGUCCAGUUCAGGAAACUUCUUUCAGAUGAGAAGAAUUCAACUGUGAUAAGAAUCAUUAGAGCGGACGUCCUUCCCAGAUUUGCUGAGUUUCUUUCAAGACAUGGGCUUCCUCAGCUCCAAAUGGAGGCGGCCUGGGUGCUUACCAACAUAGCUGCAUCUGAUUAUACACUGCUGGUUGCAGAAUGUGGUGCUGUUCCAAGGUUGGUCGAACUAUUAGGGUCACCAAAUGCGAACAUCAGGCAUCAGGCUAUAUGGUGUCUUGGCAAUAUAGCUGCAGACUUGCCUAGCUGCAGAGACAUUCUUUUUGACCAUGGUGUUGUUACGCCAUUACUUUCUCAAUUUAGAGACGACAUGAAAAUUCCAGUUCUGAGAACUGCUAUGUGGGCCCUGUCAAAUAUUUGUUUUGGAAAAUUGCCAGCUGAAGUGCAAGUGAAGCCGAUACUGGACAUUGUUUGCCAGCUGAUUCAUUCUGCUGAUGAGAAGAUACUGGCAGAUGCAUGCUGGACUGUAUACUAUAUAUGUAGUGGUGUAGAUGAUGCCAUUCAAGAUGUAUUAGAUGCUGGGGUCUGCCCUCAACUUGUAAAUCUCUUGAUGCAUGCAUCAGCUAGUGUUCUUCUUCCUGUCAUUAUGGCACUCGCAAGAAUUUCUGCCGGAGAUGAUGCUCAAGUUCAGGUCUUAAUAGAAAAUGGCAUUCUCAAUUGUUUAGCCCAAUUGCUCGCGCGAAAUUACCCAAAGAACAUCAAGAAACAAGCUUGUUUAAUUGUUUCUAAUAUCGCCACUGGCAACAAGGAACAAAUUCAGGCCGUAAUUGAUGCAAGCAUUAUUAGUCCUCUUGUUGUCCUCCUAAAGACAUCAGAGUCAGAUAUAAAAAAGGAAGCUGCUUGGGCUUUAUCAAAUGCUGCGUCCAGUGCUUCAAGUGAACAAAUUCAAUAUUUGGUGAGCCGGGGAUGUCUAGAGCCCCUCUGCAGUGUCCUCUCCUACCAAGAUCACGACCUAUUAUAUACGUGCCUGGAAGGUCUCGAGAACAUACUCCAGGCAGGCGAGGUGGGGAAGAAGGGCGAGGAAUCUGGGACAAACCCGUAUGCACAGUUCAUUCUAGAGUGUGGGGGUUUAGAUAAGCUGGAGGAUCUGCAGGACGUCAACAGCGACAGGGUCUACGAGUUGGUCAUGAAGCUGUUGCAGAGUUACUGGGAGGAAGAAGCGAGCGAGAACGAUGAUCCGGAUGUCCCAGGUUCAAAUGACUCAGCAGAUACCGUGGGAACUAAACCUGAAGAAGCUGCACAGCCACCAGAACCUGCUUCCGGCGCAGAUGAAGCCGAAUGAUGGCAGACCCAUUUUAUUGUAUCGAUGCAGAUAGAUCCAGAAUCCUUUUCUUACUAGGACUCCAGCGAAGCGAACAGAGCGAUCCCGCCGUGGCGCGUCCUCGCCGGCGUCCGGCGAUCUCCCUAUCCUUGCUUGCUCGCACGGGCCAGAGUUCGAUCGAUCCUCAGAUUGGAUGCA